AAAGAUUAGAAAAUGAAGAGAUAUUAAACUUAUUUCGUAUAAAUGAAUCCUUUAAUAUGAAAAUGUAUUUUUAUAUUUUGCAUCUUUGGAUAAUUAAUAAAAGAUUAAGACAUGAACAGUAUCAAGGAGAUAUUAUAAAUACAUAUAUUUUUGAUAUAACGUGGAGAAUUGUUCGUGAUUGGAUGCUUUUAAAAGAUGUUCCUGAAUAUUCUUUUAAUGCAGAACUUUUGAAUUGUCAAGAAUAUGCAUUUGGAUUUUUGGUAUCAUUAGACGAAGCGGCUAACAAUGUAGAUAUUUUUCCAUCAUUGUUGAAGGAUAUAUUAUGGGAGCAUUUAUAUGAAAAAAAAGUGAAGCAAUGCGGGAAAAUUGUAACAGAGUUAAGUAAAUAUAGUAUUCUUCAAAUGAGACAUAUAUUUAAUUUAUCAAGUGAUCAUUUUUUACAAGCCUAUUUUAUAUGGGCUGAUUUUUAUAACCAGAAAAAAUCAAAUCGUCGUUUACCAGCAUUGUGUCAGCAAAUAUCAUAUGGAGGCUAUCGUCCGAAAGAUAAGAGUAAAUAUCUUCCCUAUGAUGAUGGAAAGAAAUUGUUACCAAGAAUUUAUUAA